CAAAUAAUUCACUUCCUGCUGGUUUACUGAUAGUCGCUUUACUUCUUAUUUUGAAAGCCGGAAACGCGGACAUUCGUUAUGCUUUUACCUUGUUGGACAUCGGUUUAGUCUGCAGGUCAUUUUAUUGACUCAAGAUGACGGAGAUGAGCUCGGCGGUGCGGUUAUCGCUGCUGGGGCUCCUGGUGGUCCUGCAGCUCGAUGGUGCUGCGGCCCGCAGUGCCCCCGGGGCUGGUCAGGUGUCCGAGGCCGACAUCCAGCGCCUCCUGCACGGCGUCAUGGAGCAGCUGGGCAUCGCUCGGCCCAGGGUGGAGUAUCCAGCCCACCAGGCCACCAACAUCGUUGGGCCGCAAAGCAUACAGGGCGGUGCUCACGAGGGGCUGCAGCACCUUGGUCCUUACGGGAAUAUUCCCAACAUUGUUGCUGAGCUGGCAGGGGACAAUGUUCCCAAAGACUUCAGUGAUGAUCACAGCUACCCGGACCCUCCAAACCCUUGUCCCCUCGGAAAGACGGUAGCUGACGGGUGUAUGGAAAACGCUCCAGACACAGCCGAAUUCAGCCGGGAGUUCCAGAAGCACGGACACUUGUAUGACCCGGGAAACCAGUACCCAGCUCUGAUGAAGUGGAAUAAGGAACUUCUGUACCAAAAACUGAAGGGUGGCGCAAAGCGGAGAAAAAGGAGCGUCAGCAACCCCUACCUGAUGGGCCAGAGACUGGACAACGUGGUGGCCAAGAAAUCUGUCCCCGACUUCUUGGAGGAAGAGGAGGCGUCGACCAUGCCUGCAAGCACCAAACCCACAAAUUAAUUUUAAAAUAUAGUUUUGGUUACAAUUGAAGUAGUCAAAAAAAAUCUAUGAAAAUAAGGCAACAAGUUUAUUUUGAUCAUAUGUCAACUGGCUGGGAUAGCAUUUAUAUAAAAAAUGUUUAUUCAUAAUAAUGGAGAUGAACAUCGAGGAGUUAAAUUCGAAAAUAAAAUCAGAUGAGCAGAUAUCUUGAAUAUAAACAGGGGUGUCCUGAUACGAUGUUGAUAUCGAUCUGAUAUCAGCAAUAAUUGGAAUAUCGGCUCGUGUGUAAAAUGUCCGAUACAAGCAGUCGUGCAGCGCACAGCUGGGCAGCCACUUAACGUCUAAACGUCCUCCAAUAAACACGAGUCAUUUACAAAAAGUAAACAUGGUAGCCUAUAGGCUACUAGGAGCUAGCAGCUACACAAUAGCAUGAAAGCUAGAUAUACGAAAUAAGUGUUCUGAAUUGAACAAUAUUGCAGUCUAAAACAGAGCAUUUGUCAAUAUAAACAAGUACAAACUAAUUAUAGUUGCGUGUCACUUACACAUAUAAAGUCUCCAAGGCAUAUAUUGGAAAGUAUCCAGUAACAAACGUGUCCGCAUCAUUCAACUUUCUUCAUCAUGAGCUUAACAUAGGGUGCUUCUCAACUAUUUUCUGUUACACCGCCCUUAGGACGAAGAAAACAUUCCGCGCACAUAUCAUUUGUCUAUGAAAUUGCUGUAAGUACAUCUCUGCAUAACAUUGUAUCCUUAAUGACAUUAAAAAGAAUAUAUAGGUCAACGUGCAACAAAUAACUUUUUUGACAUUGUUAAAAAAAACUUAAUACUUAUUUAAACUAUAAAAAAUGUUUGACCAGUUUGAGUCAUUUGGUACUGGAAAAUAAAAAAGUCAAUAAACAAAAAAAUUAUUCACAUUAAUCCAGGUGCACAGUGUACAAUACACUUCAACUAACACAACAAAACAUGAAUAAAACAACUUGUGCUGAUUAAAAAAAUGAUAAUAAUCAAAUAAUCAAAAGUCAGGAUUAAUGGCUACAAUAAGCAUGUUUUGCAGCGCACAGCUUUUUGAAAAAAGCACGAUACUGAUAAAGUAAAGAAAUAUUGUGGCCACUAGGUGUCGCCAAAAACAAUAUUGUAAUUUAAAGACAGCAUAAAUCCAUUCCUGCAUGGUUAAUAGUAAAUAUGCUAGUGUUUUUCAUACCUACCAUUGUUCUGUGUGUAUAAUUUCACGUAAUCGAACCUUUGUACAACUUUCCACACUACAAAAUAAUACAUAUGAUUCCUGCUGAUAUCGCAUCGGAUCAGUAUCGGCCGUUACUGAGAGCUCCAACAGCGGUAUCGGAAGUGAAAAAGUUGUAUUGGGACACCCUUAAUAUGUACAGUAUAGAUUACUUCAACAGUGGCUGUAAAGGGAUUAAAAUACUAAUUUUAAUUAUGUGUACAUCUUAUAAUAAUAUUACAAAGUAUAUUAAACUUUUGCAAAAUUAAAUCCAACUCUUUUUGUUGUGUGCAACACUUUUGGCUAUAAAACAGUGGUUCUCCAAACACUUGGCUCUCCAAGUACCACCAUAAUGACCAGCAUGAAAAUACAGUAGUGUAGUAGGCCUAAGUAUUCAUUAGAAACAAGGCAGAAGUAUAAUAUUUUAUGGCCGCUGCAACAUUAGACACAGUUUGAACAGUAACACUGCGUUUGAAUAUUUAAUUAAGUGAUUCUUUGGCGUACCACUAGAUGGUGCCAAAGCCAUAGCUUUUGAUUGUUUGAAACUUUUAUUAGUAGAUUGCACAUUACAGUACAUAUUCCAUACAAUUGACCACUACCGUAUUUUUCGGAGUAUAAGUCGCACCUGCCGAAAAUGCAUAAUAAAGAAGGAAAAAAACAUAUAUAAGUUGCACUGGAGUAUAAGUCGCACUUUUUGGGGAAAUGUAUUUGAUAAAAUCCAACACCAAGAAAAGACAUUUGAAAGGCAAUUUAAAAUAAAUAAUGAAUAGUGAACAACAGGCUGAAUAAGUGUACGUUAUAUGAGGCAUAAAUAACCAACUGAAAACGUGCCUGGUAUGUUAACGUAAAAUAUUAUGGUAAGAGUCAUUCAAAUAACUAUAACAUAUAGAACAUGCUAUACGUUUACCAAACAAUCUGUCACUCCAAAUCGCUAAAUCCCAUGAAAUCUUAUACGUCUAGUCUCUUACGUGAAUGAGCUAAAUAAUAUUUGAUAUUUUACGGUAAUGUGUAAAUAAUUUCACACAUAAGUCGCUCCUGAGUAUAAGUCGCACCCCCGGCCAAACUGAAAAA